ACCUUAACUACAGUACAGCCUAAAAUACUGUCUACAUACCUACGUCCCACCUAGCAGUUAUUAUAAUAUAGUUUAUAUUGCGUACUAUUUUAAUUAAGUGCGCACUUUUGUCAACAGUUAACGCACUUUUAUUUCGAAUCGAAACAACAAAUCGCGUCAACGAUGGAUUUUGAUUUCCCCAUUAAUGAUAUAGCGACUCAAGAGUUUCUAAAAAUAGAUGAUACUUUAACAGUACGUGGGCAUGAAGAAAAUGACGAGACAGACGCAGAAUUGCAAAAAAGAGUUAAAUUGAUAGUUGACUGUAUGGGCAAUGCAUCCGCUAAAGCUCAGAACUUAAAGUCUCCAGUAACAAGUGCAGAGAAGCUUGUCAACUCUAAUCAUAUGCUUUACGUGAUGACGGAACACCCGGAAGAAGGGCGUUUUGCUGUCGUUGGAAUAUUGAAAAUGGGAUUAAUAAAUUUGACGCUUUACGACAAAGAAGGUUCCUGUUCUGACGAAAUUGUUUAUUAUUUAUUAGAUUUCUACAUACAUGAAAAAAGACAGAGAAAGGGUUAUGGAAAACGUCUUCUUGAAUAUAUGUUUAUGGACACGGAUACGGAGGCUAAGCAUUUGGCUAUUGAAAAACCAACAAAGGUAUUUUUACAAUUUAUGUGGAAGCAUUACAACUUAUCUAAAUUGGUAAACCAAAAAAGCAACUUUGUGAUCUUUGAAGAAUUCUUCUGUGAUCCUGCUGAUGAGAGAAAGAAGAACAGUGAAAAAAGGGCCUUAGCAUACCAAAGUCAUCCAAAGUUUGGCCGGCAUGCAGCUCAUAAACAUCAUGACUCAAUGGGCGAAAUUGUUACAGAGAACGCCAGUGCUGCAAGCACGAAGUAUGAUUACUGCAAAAAUACUGACAUUGUAAAACAUCAAUUCAGUGAAGUCAAUCUACAUCCUGAUUGCCCGAGUUGUUUAAGAAUGAAUCAAGAUGGAGAGUCGGUAAAAACUGGCCUAAAAGGUCAUCAUGACAGUUUAUGGUAACCUGGCAGAUGUUACAAUAAAUAACUCAAAAUAUUUGAUACUAUUACCAUUGAGUACAUAUUUAAAAAACUAAUAUUUAAUACAAUCAUAAUUGGGCCAAAUUGUUUCUCUACUCAAUGCUAUUAGUAAAUAUACAACAAAAUUUACACAUUUAUUUUAGCUUCGAUGUGGAACUAAGAAGUUAUUGUACUUUAAUCUCAUAUUGUUUUUAUUAACUAUUCAAUGUAGGGGUAAAACAAUUUUUAUUAAUUAUUAUUUUUAAAUGCAUUUGGUGAAUUU